AUGAGCUUCAAUCCGGACGCGUAUGGCAACCCCACACUCAAGAAGAGGGACAAUAGUGCAAACAAAGGCGAGUCACGGCUAGAUCGACACCCUGGCUGGGGUAUCACUCAACACCCACCUGCUAGUCAUUGGUCUUCUGGGAUGCCGUGGCACUCUGCGCAAGGUGAAGGUCGGACACAAGAUCGAGGUGAGGAACAGAUGGUGGAGGAGGAGCAGGGGGAGGAAGUGACGUCUCUAGAUGUCCAGCCGACAGAACCACAAAAUGUUACAACUGAUGGGAAAGUCAAAGGGAGUAACCCAACGUGGUUUCUGUCUCAGGACACUGUAGCGACAGUCGACAGCAGCGUUCGCGAAUUCGACAAGACGGCAUACGGUGAUCCCUCGAGGAAGAAAAUGACCAAGACCACAACCCACCCUCCGAAACAGAGACAGUCCAAAUUGAAUUCUGCAAACCCCCCGGCUGGACGGCGGAAUGGUUGGCCAGAGGUUGGAACCGCAUCCACCGCCGAGCCGCAGUCUUCACCACCUCUCGCGCACCGACCCUUACCCAUGUCUCACGUUACACUUGACGCAUCAAGAAAUCCUCCGGAGCCGACAGACUACAACACACCUCAGCCGAAGAUGAAUGGUGGCCAGGAAUCCCGUCUCAAAACCACGUCUAGCCGAAAUGAUCCAACAAAGUCAGUGACACCUCGCCCGGAGACCUUUGAGACCCUCAAGCAAGGUGACGAAACACCAGAACAACUGAUUGCCCGACUUCAGGCCGAAGGUACACGUGACGUCUUCCAGAGAGUCAAACGAAAGGAUCAAGGUGAGAUCCCUACCACCACGGGCCUGGCCCUGCUCGACCUCUUGAGAAAGCCCCUACCUCCAGCCUCAGAUGAGCCUCAGCCGGAUGCGUCCACAACUGAAACACAACGCAAACCCUUGUCCAACAUUGAUCCAAGCUCAUCCUGGAACCAGUCCUCCCAAGAGCCCAUCAGACCCACUAACCACCUUCUCACAGAAAUGAAACAGGCGAACAAGGAUCAGCGACAUUGGGAGCACGACAUGAAGAAUCCCGCUUUGUGGGAGCAGGCAGCACUUCCACGUGGCAAUGACACGAGCAGUAUUCAGCUUCAGGAACCAGGACCAUCACGCAACACCACAGACCUGCAAAAGACAACCGGACUAUGGAAUCAAUCAGCUGUACCAUCGGUUAGUGACGGUGCUACGUGGAACGAGGGCGGAGCUCGGCCAGGCAAUGAGGUCGCUGUACCACUCUUACACCAGUCCGGGCAAGGCAAUGAGCACAGUUGGGCUUUAAGGCAGAAAUCCGACAAAGCAGCACGGAGAAACUCUCGCUGGGCGUCUGCUGCAGAUAUGAAGGCUCCCAAAGCCAAGACGGACAGCAAUGCUGCGGGCUCAGAGGAAGCGGAAAGUGACGGCGACUCCACAAGACCCAUGGCUCGAGGACUUGGUCGUCUCAUCCGCAGCCGCAAGCCUCCGGUGCCAGAAGAACGACUCGUCGGUUGGGAUGGACAGUUCUUGCCUCCUCCAACUGACUGGGAGUAUCGUCCACGGUUCUACAACAAUACCCCGGAUUACAUCAGUGGUUUCGAGAACUGGCUCGGUGAAGUGACGGUGCGCACCAUGUCGGAGAAGUCUGUUGCAGAACUGAGCUUCGGCGUCCUUCCCACUGAGCAAGUUGAAAAUCUGGACAAUCACCCAGAUGGAAUAGGCUUUGCACCGAGAGAAACCGUCCUCGGUCCAAUCAACUCUGAGCGUUACGGACACAGACUGAUCAAGCCAAUCAUGCCGGAUCCUCAAAAUCCCACUGAUUUCGAUGGUGAUGCCAAGCUGGACCUUUCGGACCCUGACAAUGCUCGAUACAAAGAUGAGACUGCACAACUUUACAUCGCCAGACGUAUGGCCCAGAUCAAACAUGUCCAAAUGGAGGCAGAGGAGAAAGCGAGACUGCAACAAGAGGCUGAACGUCAAGAACAAUUUGAACUUGGAAUGGGCGCCAAAGCACAGGAAGACGACGCUGCCGUGUUCGGCGAGAGCAGCAAACCUCUACCUCCUCCCACAACCAAGAACAUUUACCUCCGCCCUGCCGUCCAAGCCGAUGCGCCCGGAAUGAUGGAAAUCAUUAACUGGUACAUUACCCAUGGGUUCCGUCCGCCCGAACUCGCGCCGAUCAGCGAAGACGAUAUGAUUGAACGCAUGAGGAUGUCACAGCACGCACGUCUCCCCUUCAUUGUGGCUGUCGAGCGUACUCGCAAGACUUCUCGUCCCAAGGGUCGCAAAUACCCACGGGUCAACCCAAACCACCCUAUUCAGAACAUCGACCCUGAUUACCUCGGUGUGACGCGCGAGGAGCCGAUCGUGGGCUGGGCAAGUGCUACAGACUGGUCUGCGCCAGACUACUGCGAGUGCAUCGCCGCCGAUCUGGAGCUCUACGUCGCUGCCUCUUCUCGCAAGUCCGGCGUAGGCCGCUGCUUGAUGGAUGCGAUCCUCGACGCCACAGAUCGGGGCUACAUGAAGAAAGGCGGCUAUGAAUUCCGCGUCGCCCCAGAAAUCAAGCAUAUGUACUCUGGUGGCGGUGGUCGGGAUCUUCACAAAUUGGUCUUUCAGGUCCGCUCGUACAACAGACCUUUCACGCCCGAGCAGAUGGAGAGGAUUCGUCGCUCAGCAAUGGGUACGCCUGAUUUGCCUCUCGACCGCAACGCGUCUCGUUGGAACAGAAAACUGCACAGCCGUGGGCCGACUCCUGCUCUCUCUGCAGAUGAACGCGAACCUCCGAAGAAAGACUUCUCCAAGUCUGCGCGCAUCGACGAUCGGGAAGAUGACUACGAGAUCUGGCUGAAAGACUGGCUUGAGUCAUACUGCUUCGAGGAAGAGGCACGCCUGAAGAUGAUGGGCACCAAGCAUGGACGCUUCAUGGACGUGAGGUACCUGAGUCGCGAGACGUGCUGGCAGCCUAGCGAGGGGAGGAUCCCGGAUUAUACCCAUGGAUAUUGA